GUAAAAUUUUUUGCCCACCAGAGAGCGCGUAUUUUGUUCAAAAUAAAAUCGGUGAAAACCUAAAUCUGACAAUCUACUCUGUCUAAUAUCCUUGAAUGUGAAGUGGUAUAUAGAUUUUAGUUAUCGUGUAAUAAUCAUUAGUCAUAUUUUAUGCUUGGUAAUUGGUUAUAACGAGUUGGAAAGGAGAGCAUUUAGUAAUUUUCAAUCGACAUUAGUGUUACUUAUUGAUUUGACUUCAUUUUCAACAUGUCGAAGCUUUUUAUCCCAGCCGAUAUCCUGGAUAAAAUGGUUUGCCUGAACUGCAGCCUUUACCUUUCAGUAUUCCCCAUCCAUACAAAAAAUGACAGCAGCGGAGCCGUAUGCGGUAGAUGUCCCAUCACCGAUAAAUCCAAAUACAUCAGGGAUGAAGCUUAUGAAACCAUCUCCCAGUACUUGUUGUUCCCUUGCAGGCACACUGCCAAUGGAUGUCAUGAAAACCUGACUCCAAAUAAACUGAGUGAACACGAGAUAAGCUGCAAGUUCCGCAAGUUUGACUGUCCCAGCGUGGGCUUCUCAGAAUGCACGUGGCAGGGCCCCCGCAAUGAGAUGCUCCCCCAUUUCGAGGUGAAACAUCCCGAUCUUCUCCUGAAAAAUGACUCGUUCGAGCUCAGGUUCAAUGACACCCUGGUGCAGAAGUUCCUCUUGUGUAAAGACGAUCGGCUGUUUUUGGUGAAAAAGGAAGUCGAGUCUCACAAACGUGUCUUCAUUUGCUCUGUGGAACACUUGAGAUCUGAAGAAGAGGAUCAACAGUUCCACUACUUCCUCAAAGUGCUUGGUUGCGAAAGGACUUACAUGUACACAAGCAACGAGAAGAGUUCAGAAUGGGAUGAUCCCACCAGUUUGACGUCAGAUUUUUUGAAAGAGAAAUUAGGCGAACAGCAAUUUUACAUCGUUACGGUUGAGAUCAUGGCGCACAGUAAGAAUGAGAAAGUAUUGACUCAGCUGGCAAAGGUUUCUGAACCAAAGAACAAUGAAAAAAUCGAUUGGGAAAAAAUAUCCAACCUGAAAUGCCCCAUAUGCUCAUUAUACAUGCUUCCUCCUAUCUUUGAGUGCAAGACAGGCCACAGCUUCUGCGACGAUUGCUCAGCCAAAGAAAAAAAGUGUCCGAUAUGCCGAGACCCCAUGGAUAGGGUCCAGAACUUUACCAUAGAAGCGGUCGUCAAGUGCAUGACUUACCCUUGCAGGUACCGAAGAUAUGGCUGCCAAUUUGCCAACAAGGCACUCAGCAUGGCAGAACACGAAAAAUUCUGUGAGUUUAGUCCCUACAAUUGUCCGAUGAAAGCCACCCUCGGCUGUCAGUGGACAUCUUGUAAUACCGGUAUCUACGAGCACAUUGAAGAAAAUCACUUGGAUCUUGUCCUCAAGGCAGAGAAGGUGGACAUUCCCUUCAGCAGGAAUGAACUCAAUGAGAAGAUUUAUUUGAUCAAGUUCUCCAAAUUAGCUUUCAAGUUCGUGUACAAGUAUGAAAACGAGAAGUUCCACUGGGAAAUACAGCACGUCAAUCCUGCUGCCACCAAAGAGACUUGCAG